AUGGUUCACUCAGAUGAAUAUAAAGCGAAACGACUUGAAAGGAAAAAACGGUUUAUGCAACAAGCGAAGAAGAACAACGUUUUUAAGGCUCGCCGACGUAACAACUUCUCAAAACGACCGAAUUUCCACAAUCACCAACAGGAAAACCAACAGGAGCAACAAUUUCAAAAACAAGACAGCACAGCUCUCAGACAACGUGGAUUCUUCCAAGUUCUUCCAACUGAUGACCUUCCACAAGUUCCGCAGUGCUCUCAUGGUCCUUGUCUGCUGUUCGAGAAGAAAAAUGGUCCAGAAGUCGAGGAGACAUUCUUUGCAUGUGCAAUUUACAGAAAUCAAGCCGAAUUUUGCGAUUUUAAGUUGACUUUCAACAAAGAAACCGGAGAAAUUGAGGUGAAAGAAGCUGUCGAAGGAGAAGAAGACGCAGAGAAAAAGAAGAAGAAAAAGAAGAUUUUUGGAUAUAAUCGAAUCCCAAAAGCUCUCACCGAAAUGUCACCAACGGACACAGUUCUGUAUUGCAAAACGUGCAUUAAUGUGUUCCCGAACAAGCAUGAAUGUGUCUGUGAGCCCGUGGAACGAGAGGCUCUCGAACGACCAACUCACCUUCUUCCACCAGUAAAUGAGCAACAUGGAGAAUCACAAUUCUUCUUCUCCACUGAGACACUUGAUGUCAUCACGAAAGCUGUUGAAAAAUCAAAAGUCGACGGAAUUCUGUGCAUCGGAGCUCCUAGAAUCUUUGAAAACAUUCGAGCCCUUCACCCGGAAAAGAACGUGUUCCUGUUGGAUUAUGAUAAACGAUUUGCCAAGUUCUUCCCAUCGAAACAAUACGCUCAAUACAGUAUGCUCGUUGAUCACUUUUUCGAUAAAAUCGCAGAGCCAAAGCUUAUGGAAUUCUUCGAUAAAAGCAAAAGCAUCCUAAUGAUCACCGAUCCACCAUUCGGAGUUUUUAUGGAACCACUGCUAAAAAGUAUUGAAAAGAUGAAGAAACGAUUUGUGUCAACUGGGAAAGAGGAAACCUUAUUUUAUUCGAUGAUUGUUCUGCCGAUUUAUAUUCGAAAAUACGUGCUUCAUGGAAACUUUUGGAUGUCUGAUUACAGAGUCACCUACGAGGGCCACAAGCUCUAUCAACAUUCCGAGAAAACGAUCGUCCGCCUGUUCACCGAUUUGCCAGUGGAAUGCAUCGAUUUAAAGAACGUCGCCGGCUACAAAUUCUGCGAAGUCUGCGAUCGCUAUGUCACCGAACGAAAUGUCCAUUGCGAUCGUUGCCAGGCGUGCACAUCAGUGGAACAAGGAAAAUGGAAUCACUGCGAGAAAUGUGAUAAGUGUGUCAAGCCGAGAUAUGUGCACUGUGCUCAAUGUGCCAGAUGUCAUUUGUACGGGAGAUGCAUUCAGAAGCAUGAUGAAUAAUUGUUUUUUGGUUAUUUUAAGGUUGUUCUGUUGAAAUUGUUACCCUUUUUCUUUUAUUGUUAUUGUUUUUUGUUUCCCAUUCCCUCUAUCCUACUACAAAAGUUUUUUGUUUUUCUUAAAUCAUCAUUUUAUUAAGAUGAAAAAUCGCCAAUUGUUUUUUUAUUCUUAAGAUGAGAACACGAAAUCCUUCUCCUUCUCUACUAGUUAUUCACACUUUAGAAUUGAAUACUCCACACACUUAUUCUCUAUUAGUGUUUGCAUAUCCUUCCAUCCUAACAGCUAUUCAACUGUUUCUUUCCGCUCCUUCUAGGCUUCUGAUGACGUGGCAGCAGCAGAAGCAUAGACCGGAAGCAGAUGACGUUGAAAUUCGGACACUUCGUGUCGUGACUCUCAUCUCUGUCGGGAUUACUGUAGCUGCGAUAUUACUUGGAUUAUUUGGCAGUGUUAUUUUAUUUGCGAAGACUUUGACGUUUCAGGUUUCAAUAAAAAAACAUAAUUUC